CUUAAUGCAUGUUUCAAUAUUUGCAGUGCUUCUAAAGUGGGUGGUGUGAAGCAGAUGCUUGUUCAAACAGCUUGCAUCAACACUUUAGCAUCUCAAGAUCAGUUACUUGACGAUGAUACAGAAAUGCUGCGAUCCUCCUUCAAAGAAUCUGUCUUAACCUUCAAGUUGGAUGAUACGGAUGAAGAUGUAGAACCUGUUAAAUGUACAAUUCCAAUGUACAGUACCAAUACUGAAUCUUUAAUGAAAGAGAAGAGUAAACGGAAUUAUCAGAUUAUGUCACCAGAAGAUCAGGUUUGUUGUAUCCCUUUUAUGUUAACACUCGUUAAAAGAGUUGCUAUAAAUAAUGAAUAUUCAGUGUAAGUCAUGAGAAAUCAUGGAUUUAGGUCUAAUCAAA